UACAUUACACCCCUCGGUCGCUAUUGAUCACCAAACGGAUACUUAAUGUGAAUGUUUUGUUAGGUUUAUUUUGUUUUUAUGUGGUGUUCACUGUAUUUUGGCUGCGGACCUCUCCUUUCGAAUCGAUUUGCAGAUCCUUGAUUUAUUGAAUUUACCGCCAAACUCCGAAUUCCCCAGCAGGUUACCAUUAUUAUGUACAACUUGAUGGUAUUUUAAACGUAUGAAUGGAAUUUUAAUAUCGGAUGGUCGUUUCCAUGUGUUUCUUGAAUGCAGCGCCAUCGUCUUUCGUUCCCACAAGCUCGAGCCACAGGUGGCUAGUUAUUUAGCUGCAGAAAUAGCGGGUGUUAUCGGCUGCUUAUGUAAACACAAAAUUCAAUUUUCAUUCAAAGUGCAAAACGUUCAAAAUCAACAAAGGGUUACUAAAAAACAGUCGAACAGAACACCGUAUUAUCUGAGUUCGACAGGUCAGGUCUGAGUCAGUUGCUGAAGGCGCACUGUUUGACAUGGAAGUACCGUUACAGAUCAGCGGGGUGGUCCAACUUUCCCAUUGACAACAUUAGCUCUUUUAGCAAGUGCCCACAAUGGGGUCGGUUUUGGAGGAUCCGACCCUAGAGAGACACUUCAAGGGGCAUAAAGAUGCUGUCACAUGUGCAGACUUCAAUCCAAACUGCAAACAACUGGCCUCAGGGUCAGUGGAUAAGAGCCUGAUGAUCUGGAAUCUGGCUACAAAAGCGAGGGCUUUCCGCUUUGUUGGCCACCAAGACGCCAUCACUGGUGUGCAGUUCUCCCCCUUUGGUAACCUGGUGGCUACGUCCUCCAAGGACAGAACAGUCCGACUGUGGACACCUUCCAUGAAAGGAGAGUCAACAGUGUUUAAAGCCCACACGGCCGCUGUACGCAGUGUUGGUUUCUCCCACGAUGGCCAGAGACUGGUGACAGCGUCUGACGACAAGUCUGUCAAAGUGUGGAGUGUUCACCGGCAGUGCUUCGUCUACUCUCUCAGCCAGCACACCAACUGGGUGCGCUGUGCCAGGUUUUCUCCAGAUGGGCGGCUAAUAGUUUCCUGCGGAGACGACCGUGCCGUCCGGCUAUGGGACACAUCCACCAAACACUGCAUUAACUGUUUCACUGACUAUGAAGGACCAGCAACGUUUGUUGAUUUCAACUCAAGCGGCACCUGUAUUGCAUCCUCAGGAGCUGACAGUUCAUUGAAAAUCUGGGAUCUACGGACCAACAAGCUGAUACAGCAUUAUCAAGUCCACAGUGCAGGAAUCAACAGUUUUUCCUUCCACCCAUCCAACAACUACCUGAUCAGUGGCUCCAGUGAUAGCACUGUUAAGAUCCUAGACCUGCUGGAGGGGCGCCUCAUCUACACCCUCCGUGGACAUAAAGGCGCUGUAUUCACUGUAGCCUUUUCCAGGGCUGGAGAUCUCUUUGCUUCGGGGGGAGCUGAUGGGCAGGUGCUGAUGUGGCGGACAAACUUUGACACCAAAUCCUACCAGGACAUCCUGCAACAACACAGCUGGAGGUCCACCCCCGAUCCACCACCCCACCUGACUGAUAUCCACCCCAGAGGACCCCACCUUCAUCACCCACAGCCCACAGCCAUUCAGGUCAGCUUUAGCUGUGACGCCAGUUUGACCAGACAAGGUGUCCUCUACUGA